CCAAUCAGUUGUGAAAUAAUCGGCACUCUGCCAGGUUCUCUGUGGGAUCGGAAACAUGUUGAAGCUGGACACCAAAGGAGGAAUCAUCUGCUCGGGCUGCCUGUCCAUAGCCUUUGCCAUAACCUAUUUGGCUUUGAUGGACGAUUACUUCUGGAGACAGGGACUCUACGAACUGGGAAUACACAUUUCGUCUCUGCAGAUAUUGGGCAGCCUAGUUCUCAUAGUGGGAGCUGUAAAGCAAAGGCACAAGUUUUUUGUGCCGUGGAUGAUAACCACAGGAUUCUUUAUGUACUUGAUGGUUUACCUGCUCAUUAUACUGAUAGUCCAGGGAAGAGAGUGGAUAUUCAUACCGGCGAUGGUGGUUCCGUUCACAGUCUAUCUCGGCUGCGCCUUGUACUCGGUGCAAAAGGCCUUCGACAGGAUGCGCAAGGAGGGGCCACCUGCAUAUACCACCUUGUCCGACAAGAAGGAUUUCAUUAAUCACAUAUAGAUAUAUAGAGAUUGUUAUCUCUUGCAAUAUGAAAACAAAUAUGAUUAAAGGAAGAUUAGAUAGCUUGAAUGUAAAAGCUUAUUAUGAGCUAUUUGAAUCAAACGUGGAACGAUGUGAUUUCUUAUCAUUCCUUCAGGGCAAAUUACACCUUUUCUAGAGUUCAAUAAAAAUUGAUUGAUGAUUUAAAAUAAUAAUAUAUAUGUAGUAGGAUGCACUGCUACUUUUAAAACUUAACCGCAACUUAAGCGAGUUAAAAGUUCAAAAACGGGCACUACUAAUUUCGAAUCAGAGAUAUCCUACAGUUUUGGAAUUCACUUUGCGGCCAUACACACCAUCACUAGCGCAGUCCUCAUCCUCUGUGCCACAAAG